AUGUCGUGGAGGGCGGGCUACGUGGGGGCGGUGAGCUCUGGGGUUGUUUGGAGCGCGGCCGCCCCCAAGUCGCCCAAGGUGGUGGUGAGGAAAUCCCCAGGAUGGCACCCCCUUGUGGCUGGGUGUGGAUUCCCGCAGAGUCGGUGCGGGAGAGAACUGUCUGCCGCGUUAACAUUCCAACCAUCCCCUUUCCUCCAGUUGAUUGGGAGGCAUAGGAUGGCAUUUGGCCCAGCAAGAGCAUUGGGGACUCAGGCUGCAGGCCAGGAUGGUGGAGACGCCCGGGAGGAAGAAGUGGCGACAGAAGAGGAGGCAGUGACGGCUAAGCAAGCGCGCAUCAAGGUCAGCAUCGCCAAAUCCACUGGCAGGCUGGACCUCAGCGAGUGUGGCCUUACAUCAGUCCCUCCUGAGGUCUUUGACGUGUCAGACUUGAGGGACCUGUCCCUUGCCGGGAACAGGAUUUGGGAGCUCCCUCGGGAAAUCGGCCAGCUGACGUGCCUGGAGAGGCUUGUGCUUGCCGGCAACUUGCUGAAGGUGGUGCCCGAUGAGAUCGGCAAGCUGAUGCAGCUGGAGGGCCUGUGGAUCCAUGGCAACCUGUUGGAGAUGCUCCCAGACAGCAUCAGCAACCUGACAAGGCUGGCAAAGUGCUCCUUGGCUGGCAACCGCCUGGCAGCGCUGCCGCCGGGCUUUGGACUGCUGCGUAGCCUGCAGCAGCUGGACGUCAGUGGCAAUCAGCUGGUGAGCCUGCCGGACUCGCUCUGUUCUCUGCAGGACCUCCGUGUGUUGAGCUUGCACGGCAACCAACUGCGGGACCUCCCGAAGUCUUUCGGCGACCUCUUGGGGCUGGAGGAGCUGUCACUGCAAGGAAACUGCCUAACCACUGUGGCUGACCUGCCCAGAAACCUGAGGAACCUCAGCCUGGCAGACAACCUCCUUACGUGCUUCGGAUCGCAUCCUGGACGCCUAGAAAACCUCAUGGAGCUGAAGAGCGUGAGUUUGUACGGAAACCAGCUGCAGGAUGUUCCGCCAGGUUUGCUGGCCCUUCCCAAGCUGAAAUCCAUUUGGCUGGAAGGCAACCCCUUGGCGGAAGAUGCAAUGGAUCAGAUAAGCAGUCCAUCACAGUGGGGUCCCAGCCUCAAAUCUGUGGGUCUGGAUCAAAAUCAGUUUCCAGUCUUAAAGGCCCAGGCAUGGCAGCAAUCAGGCACAGUGCUGAAAUUCAGCAAGUGUUCGCAAUCCACAUAUGGCUAUUUCAAGCUUGCAUCUGUUGAUGGCCACAAUGGAGCAGCCAGACAGCCCUCCUCCAAUGGGGUCUCAACUGCAAGCAUGCUGGUCGUCGCGUUUGGCAGCGCACCGGGAGUUCCAAAUUGGGGUGGCCUUUUGAAACGGGUGCAGUCAAAGAUCGCAGCCUCUGAAGAGGACCUUAGGUCAGUCACCUUUGACACACUCUUUGUGGUGGACCCUAAGCGUUCGUGGUAUGGAGCCUCUGAAAGUGACGAUGGCAUGCUCAAUCACUACAGGCGCAAUUUGCAGGCAGUGACGUCUCGAUAUGACCAUGUUGUGAUGAUUGGAGACUCGAUGGGUGCUUCUGGGGCCUUGCUGUUUGCCUCCCUAGCCACAUCUGUGCUUGCUUUCUGCCCUCAAGUGGACUUGUCUUCCAGCUCAAUACGCCCUGCCAGCGGACAGGAGGGUUGGGCCAGGUUCAAGGACAGGGUGUUGGAGGGAGUGGGUCAGUCUUCGGCCAGCGUGACAGUACUGAGUGGGAGCUGGGAGCAUGACAUGGAGCAGGUGCGGCAGCUGCCUCAGGAGCAGAUCAACUGGAAGGUUUUCCAUGUGGAUACGCACCGGCUGGCGAUCCACUUGGAGAAUGCUGGUCGCCUGGUGCCUCUGGUGUUGGGUGCGCUGGCUGAGGAGGUUAAGGUGCCGUCGGGGACCACCAGAGCUGCGAACAUGCUCUAG